GUACUCUUUUAUUUUGUUUCAAUGUGCAUUGUGCAGGAUCACUGGCAGCGGUGUGUGGGCUAUCGCCGAUGAUAUCGGCGUUAUCGGUGAAUCCGAGCAAGCCAACAUCGCCGAUUUAUUUGCUUCCUCGGUUCCCAAAUGAAUCCACAGGGGAGGAGAGAGAUUGGAGAGUUCCGAUUGAAGCUCCUUCACAGAUGUGGACAAUACAUGUUGCAAAUGCAUUUGAAAAGAGAGAUGAGAAUGGGAGUGUGGAAAUUCAAAUACAAGCCAGUGCUUGCUCUUACCAAUGGUUCAAUUUCCAGAAAUUGUUUGGAUAUGAUUGGCAAAGUGGAAAAUUAGACCCAUCCAUCAUGAAUGUAAAAGAAGAUGAAGAGAAGUUAUUGCCACACCUUGUUCAGGUAUCAAUCAACUUGGAUACACAAGGGAACUGCCAAAAAUGCUGUGUCAAUCCCAUAAAACAGUGGAGUAAAUCAUCAGACUUCCCCAUUAUCAAUCCAGAGUAUUCAGGCAGCAAGAACGAGUAUGUAUAUGCAGCAACUUCUUCUGGUUCUCGUCAAGCUCUCCCACAUUUCCCCUUUGAUACAGUGGUGAAACUCAACACUUCAAACAAGUCCACCCAUACAUGGUCUGUUGGCAACAGACGUUUCAUUGGUGAGCCCAUUUUUGUACCCAAAGGAACAGAGGAAGAUGAUGGGUACCUUCUUGUAGUAGAGUAUGCAGUUUCAAAACAGAAGUGCUAUCUUGUGGUUUUGGAUUCUAAACGGAUGGGAGAGACCAAUGCACUUGUUGCAAGACUUGAAGUACCAAGACACUUGAAUUUUCCUCUUGGCUUUCAUGGCUUUUGGGCCCCAAGCAACUGUCUUCUUGGAAACAAUUAGCUCAAUCUUGAAAUGCAAAUGUAUUUAGUCUUAUUCAUAUGGACCAAGACUACGCAAAGGUAGAACACCAUAUAAACUUCGUCGACUUUAUCUUGAUUUCGCUACGCUUAAUGAGAACCCGCAAUAAUCAGUUCAUGCUGUGGUCAGUCGUCUUUGCCUAAGUGUGUGAACUGUAGAUCCUUCAGUUGUGUAGAAUUCUGGAUUCAAUGCCCAUGACAAAAGUUGCAAAUUGGGCCAUAAUUUGGCAAUUGCCGAUUGGCAACCGUACAAGAUUCUUUUUGUUCUUUGUUUUUUUUUU